AUGGAGUUGUUUUCUAGAUGGAUGAGUCUUCUUCCCAUAUUUUUCAUUAGUUGUUUCUUUGGUCUUGGUAGAGCCACAGACUGUGGUGGAAAUAAUGUUGCACAAACCCUAAUUGUUGGUAAAUAUGGGCAAGCAUUCAGAACAAUUCAAGCUGCCAUUGAUUAUGUCAAAAGUAACAAUGAUCAAUGGGUAAAGAUUCACAUAAAAGCAGGCUUCUACAUGGAAAGUGUUGUUAUUCCCGUUGACAAGCCAUGCAUUAUUUUAGAAGGAGAAGGUAUACGAACAAUCGUUAGUCACUGGGACCAUCAGUCCAUAAACAAUAAUGCUACAUUCACUUCUUUCUCACCAAAUUUGAUUGCAAGUGACAUUACUUUCAAGAACUCAUAUAAUGUGGCCACUGAUAAAUAUUUGGGAAAUAAAAUCGAACCAGCAAAUGCUGCAAGACUGUCUGGAGAUAAAUAUUUCUUCAGUAGGUGUAGGUUUAUUGGUUAUCAAGACACUUUAUAUGAUCUUAUGGGACGUCAUGUCUUUAAAGAUUGUUACAUUCAGGGUGAAGUCGACUUUAUAUAUGGUUCCGGACAAUCCUAUUAUCAGAACUGCUACAUCAAUGCUAUGGGGAGAUUUCCAAAUUUACCAGGUUUUGUGACAGCUCAGGGAAGAAAUUCAGCAGAUGAUCCUAGUGGUUUUGUAUUUGAAGGAGGUUCCAUUGUUGGUAAUGUUAAAGUUAAUUUAGGAAGAGCAUGGAAACCCUAUGCAAGAGUCAUAUUUCAUAAUACAUAUUUUUCUGACAUUGUAACUCCUCAAGGAUGGGUUUCUUGGUCAGCCGCUGGAAAUGAGAGCAGGACCACUUAUGCUGAAAUUGAUUGUAAGGGACCAGGAGCUGACACUUCGAAACGUGUUGCAUGGAUGAAGAAACUAAGUUCUUCAGACUUAAAUAAGUUUUCUUUUGCAUCUUUUAUCAAUAGUGAUGGAUGGGUUCACAACUUACCAACAAUAUCUUAG